AUGGCAGCUGCUUCUGCGACCGGCUCAGGCCCCCUCUGGGCAUCACUUGCGGCACGUCUCAGCCAGGGUGGGUGCCAAGGCAACUGCCAUUUCCCAUGUCAGGGAGUGCAGGUGGACGCCCAGGGCCACAUGGUGGUGAAUGACUACCAGAACACCACCAGCAGAGCGGUCUAUGCCAUCAGGGACAUCUGCGGGAGAGCCCUCCUCACCCCAGUGGCAAUCGCAGCCAGCAGGAAGCUGGCACGCAGGCUCCUCAAGGGCAAGCAGGACUCCCAGCUGGACUACAUGAUAACCAACAUCAUCUUCAGCCACCUGCCCAUCAGCACUAUGGUCCUUAUCAAAGAUGAAGUUAUGGCCACACACGGGAGGGAGAAGGUGAAGUUCUACAGCAUGUCCUUCACCCCUUCAUACCACGCUAUCACCCAGAGAAGUUUGUGUGUCAUGAAGCUGGUGUGUGCUGGCGAGGAGGAGAAGGUGGUGGAGUUGCACAUGCAAGGGCUGGGCCACGAUGAAAUGCUGUGGGGCUUUGCUGUGGCCUUCAAGGCCGACUUGGAAAACACUGUCGCCCUUCACCCCACUUCUGCUGAAGAGCUGGUGAUGCUGCGCUGA